AUGCCUCCCGCAAGAUUCGCGACGCAGGACACCUCCGGCGGAGGCCCCAGUGGCGAGGGGACGUCGUCCAAGAACGCGGGCGACUCAUACUGCCCGCGCCCGCGGGUCCUCGGCCGCGGUCCCGGGGAGGCCGCGGAGCCUGCUGGAGGCGAGCCCGGGGACGAGGAGGCGGGCGGGCGGCGCGGUGCCGACCCUGCGCUCCAGGGCCCCCGCUGGUCCCGGCUGCGCACCCGCGGCCCGCCUGUCGUCCUGCGCUGCGCCUCGGUCUGCUGCACCUGGUGCUGCUUCUUGUGCGUGCCGCUGGAGGGGUGCGCCAGGCGCUGCUGCUCCAACCGGUCCCUCGGUGCGGGUCUGCUGGUGCUACUACUCGGCGCCUUGCCGCUGCUGACGGGCCAGCCCUGCUCGAGCAGCCAUCUGCCUGCGGAGGUUCUUCGGCCGCGAGGCCGUCGACCUGACGCGGUACACAGACGCGGCGGGCAGGGCUUCCACCCCAUGCGCUUGGUCCGCACGUCGUGGCUGGUUCAGCAGUGCGGUACUGUCCUGAAGAGGCGCCAGGAGCUGCCGGAGGAGACGUUCGUGUCCGCGGGCGAGCUGCGGGCCGUCUGGGACGACGGCGAACGAGGGGGACGUGACAAAGUGGCGCCAAUAAUCGCAAUUUCGUUUUGCUAA